AUGUUGGUGGUUUCAUCGGGGCCGCCAUCGGCGGCAGCUGCAGAAGAGGCCAGCGACCUGGACUUCAUGCUGAACGUCCUGCACUGGUCAGGGCUGAUGCGUCACCCGCACGCUGGUCCUUGGUCACGCCGCAUCCACCACCUGAUCAACGCAUUCUCGACGGUGGCACUGCUGCUCUUCAUCUGCUCCCAGGCUGUCCUCCUUUGGCGCCACGGAACAACAGACCUCGAGGUCUUCACUCUCAUUCUGUGCAUCCUCAACACGUCAUGUUCCUGGAUGAUUCGUCUCAGGCACAUAGCAUCAUGGGAGGUUGAGUUCCAAAGGCUUGCUACGGAGGUGCGCUUCGACUUUGACGAGUUCCUGAGCGCUGACGACUUGUGGCUGCUGCGCCUCAGAAGCCGCUCCCAGCGCCGUUUCGUGUCGGCCUACCUGUGUUCUGGCGUGUUCACCUCCGCCGUGUUUGCUGCCAUUCCAGUCAGCGCUGAAGGGUUUCCGUUCAUAAUGGCGCUGCCGUAUGACGCAAAUCAGCCGCUCGCCUUCGCCACCACGUGGUUGUACACUGCCUACAUUGUCUUCUUCGUGGUUUUAGGGAACAGAGCUGCCGAUUCCUUCAAUAUCAGCCUGAUAGUUCAACUGCGCAACCAACUCGAUCUACUGAGCAGAAAGCUUCGCAACCUAAACGGCUGCAUCUCACACACGAAAUCUUCCAUUAAAAAAACAAAGCGCUCAGAAGAUGUGAGCGAAGAUGUUUACUAUCAGCUUCGAAAGAGCAUCCUUCAUCAUCAGUCAAUUAUAAGGAACGUUCAGCUACUGGAGCAGUGUUUAGGCAGGAUGUUACUGGGACAAUGCCUCUCCAAUGGGACAUCAUUCUGCUUACUUCUCUUUCAGGCUGCAAAGAGGGCUAAGGGUGUGCAAGAACUUGGUAAAACAUGCAGCUACCUGCUCAACACACUUUUUGAGCUCUUCGUGUACUGCUGGUUCGGGGACGAUCUCAUUUUUAAGAGCGAAAACGUGGCGUCGUCGGCCUACGACGCCGUGCCGUCCCUGCAGGAGUGCCCCACGGGCAUCAAACGGUCGCUGCUGCUUCUGAUGCUCCGAGCACAGAGGCCGCUACGCAUCAGUGCCGGUGGAUUCUUUGCCCUCUGCAGGGAGUCCUUCGUGUCGGUUUUGAAUGUGUCAUAUUCAUUCUUCACCAUUCUUCGUAACUUCAAGGAGGAUUAG